UAGUUAGUACAUAAUAAUACGUUUUUUUUGGGGAAUCUGUGGUUUUAAAUCUGAGGACUGUGCAUGUUGUUGUGAUUGUCUCACAUGUGGAUUAAUAAUGCAUUUCCUUUAAAUCAUUGUCCAUAUUUACUAUCCUGUUUUCUCCUUUGUUAGAGAUGGGCGAGUCAUCUGUCAAUAUGACCGUGGUUAUAGAGUAUCGAGACUCUUUUACUAAAGCUGUGACCAAGAAUGUGAUUGUUGUGGUUCUCGGCAUCUCCAUCAACUACAUCAAUGCAAGCCUCAUCCACACCUUUCGUAAACACCAGAUCUUCUACAUGAAUCCACGCUACAUCCUUUUUAUUCACCUGGUGAUCAACGACAUGAUCCAAGUGACGCUGACGGUCCUGCUGUUCAUCAUCAGCUACAUCCUCUACAAAAUAAAUGUGUCCAUCUGUUGCGCCUUCAUCCUGCUUGUUGUUUUCACCUCUGAAAACACCCCUCUGAACCUGGCUUGCAUGGCGGUGGAGUGCUACAUCGCCAUCUGCAUCCCCCUUCGCCACAUGCAGAUCUGUACCAUCAAGAGAACGUUAAUGCUGAUUGGUUUAAUCUGGGCGAUGAGCUUGUUGUCUGGUCUUCCUGAUCUGUUCUUCACUUUGGCCACGGAGCCGUUGGACUUCUUUCACUCCCGAGUCUUCUGUGUCAGAGAAACUGUCUUCCCAAAUCCCCUCAUCAUCAAGAAGAGAGAUAUAACCUAUAUUGUGUAUCUGGUUAUAGUUUGGGUUGUUAUCGUUUACACUUACUUCAGAAUUCUGUUCACAGCACAAACAGCUAGCAAAGAUGCUAAAAAGGCCAGAAACACAAUCCUCCUCCAUGGGUUUCAGGUGCUGCUUUGUAUGGCAGGAUACACAACACCCCUGUUAAAAGAGGCUCUGCUGCAAUGGUUCCCAAAGAAUUACCCAGACUCCCUGUUCGCUUGUUACAUUAUUGUACAGGUCCUUCCACGAUCCAUUAGUCCAAUCAUCUAUGGCUUACGAGACAAGACUUUCAGGAUGUACCUGAAAAGGUAUCUGUUAUGUAAAAUGAGCCCGCAGUAA